AUAUACAAAGACUGUUCAGAUAUUGUGAAAAGAGACCCAAGCAAGAAAGGACAAGAUGGAGUGUAUGUUAUUUAUGCUGACACCCGGAGAGAGGUCUUCUGUGACAUGACGACAGAUGAGGGAGGAUGGACGGUGAUUCAGAAACGAGAGAAUGGUGACUUGGAUUUUUACAGGACAUGGAUUGAGUAUAAAGAGGGCUUUGGGAAUGCCACUAAAAACUAUUGGAUAGGGAAUGACGCAAUCCACGCCUUAACAAGGGAUAAACACCAAGAACUCCGAAUUGAUCUCCAAAGACAUAAUGGAGAACAGGCCUAUGCUGUGUAUACCACAUUUUACAUCGGAGAUGAAAACAAUAAAUAUACACUUACAGUAUCUGGAUACAAGGGAACGGCGGGUGACAGUUUGGCGUAUAACAAUGGAAUGAAAUUUACCACUAAAGAUCAGGACAAUGAAGAGAAUAGUGGUAACUGUGCUGUAUCACGACACGGAGCCUGGUGGUACAACUGGUGUGCAUAUGGAAACCUUAAUGGAGAGUACGCACAGUCUGCAGUGUCUGGUUGGAAAUACACGAUAUGGUAUCACUGGAAACAAACAACUGAAGCGUUAAAACAGACUGUGAUGAUGAUUAGAUACAAAAAUUAG